AUGGCAGAGCUGGCUUGAGGCGCUGGCCCCUCCUCUUCCAGCUUUGCUCCUCCCCGCUUAGGGAAAGGCCACAGAAGGUGAAAUUCUGUGUGCUCCCUCCUACUAGAGACUUUGUCAGCUCCCGCACAGUAACAUGAGAAAACAGACGCAGGACGAUUAAUUUGCCAGAGUCAUACAGCUAAUGUUACAGAGCUCAGACCUGACUCGGAGCUCCAUAACGUUAACGAAGUGCAGUGGCUCACACCUGUAAUUCCAGCACUUUGGGAGGCCCAGGCGGGUAGAUCGCUUGAGCUCAGGAGUUCAAGAUCAGCCAAGGGGCUGUGCUUCAGUCGGGGUAGAGCUGCUUAAAAGGCCUGGGAUCAGACCCUUUGUGAACACAUCCGAGCUUAAGACGGUGGGGUCAGCUUCACAUUCUCAGGAACUCUCCUUCUCUGGGCCACGGAAUUAACCCGAGCAGGCAUGGUGGCCUCCGCUUUCACCUCAUCAGCAGUGACCGGUGUGGCCAAAGUGGCCAGGGUGGCCUCUAGCUGUGCCACCUGUGUCUUGCCCGUGGCGAGGAUUGCCACAGUUGUGAUUGGAGGAGUUGUGGCCGUGGAGGCUGUGCCCAUGGUGCUCAGUGCCAUGGGCUUCGCUGCGACGGGAAUCACCUCGUCCUCCAUAGCAGCCAAGAUGAUGUCCGCAGCGGCCAUUGCCAAUGGGGGUGGAGUUGCCCCGGGCAGCCUUGUGGCCACUCUGCAGUCACUGGGAGCAACUGGACUCUCCAGGUUGGCCAAAUUCAUCCUGGGCUCCACUGGGUCUGCCAUUGCGGCUGGCAUUGCGAGGUUCUACUAGCUCCCUGCCCCUCACCCUGCAGAGAAGAGAACCAUGCCAGGGGAGAAGGCACCCAGCCAUCCUGACCCAGCGAAGAGCCAACUAUCCCAAAUAUACCUGGGGUGAAAAUAUACCAGAUUCCGCACACGCAGAGGAAAAUGAGAAAUAAAGAUGAAUUGUUGCAACUCUU